UUGGAAAUGGCGAUCCAUCGGGACUCGCCGUGCCCAUACUUCGAAGCUCAAGCUGAAGUUGACCGCUGGCACGGCACAUGCUCGAUUUAGCACAAGGUAACUUGACCAAAUCUCCAAUCCACGCUGCCACUCGCUCGCACUCUAUAUAAGAAGCGCAGCAACGUUGGCAGUUGAAGCCACAUCCAUCGGCAGGCACCAAGUACGUCUCCAGUAUGUCGCGGCACGUCAGGACGCUUGUGCUCGUGUUCUCGUUACUGCUUGUGUCACCUCCGUGGACACUAGCCGGCUAUCAGCAGCACCCUCCUUCCAAGCCAAUACUGGCACGCCUCACCAAGGACCCCUCCACCUCUCUCUACACCAUCUCCAUCAAGUACGGCGGCGCGCCGCUCGUCGUCGACCUCGCCGGCCCGCUGCUUUGGACGAGAUGCCCGCCCGUGCACCGCACCAUCCCCUGCCGCUCCAGCGUGUGCAGAGUGGCCAACCGAAACCAUCCGGCCAGCUGCGCCUACACGAGCGGCGGCCAGCCCGGCUCCACCGACAGGUACUGUGUCUGCACCGCCUACCCGUACAACCCGGUCACCGGUCAAUGUGGCCACGCCGACGCCACGACCGUGACGCUCUCCGCGAGCGCCACGGAUGGUAAGAACCCUCUGUUCCCGGUGUCGUUCUACGCCGUCGGGUCCUGCGCGCCGGACGGACCCCUGACGUCGCUCACCUCGGGCGCCGCCGGCGUCGCGGGGCUGUCGAGGCUGCCGCUGUCGCUGCCGUCUCAGGUCGCGUCCACACUGAAGGUGGCGAAGGAGUUCGCGCUGUGCCUCCCCGGCGGCGGCGACAGCGGCGCGGCCAUCUUUGGCGGCGGCCCGUUCCAGCUCCUAGCGGCGCCUCCCGUGGAGCUCGCCGAAGGUCUCCGUAAGGACCCCCUCCCCCUCCUCAAGAACCCCAUGAACGGCGCCUACUACUUCCGCGUCAUCGGCGUCGCCGUGAACCUGGUGCGGGUGCCCCUGCCACGCCGCGCCUUGGACCUCAACGCGCGCCGCGGCACGGGCGGCGUCACGCUGAGCACCGUGACGCCGUACACCACGCUCCGAUCGGACAUCUACCGCCCGUUGCGCAAGGCGUUCGACGCGGCCACCAGCGGCAUCCCGCGCGCGGCGCCGGUGAAGCCGUUCGACAUGUGCUACCAGGCCUCCGCUCUCGGCUCGACCCGGCUCGGCUUCGCCGUAGCAAACAUCGACCUCAUGCUCGACGGCGGGCGGAACUGGACGCUGCCCGGCGGGAGCUCGCUGGUGCAGGUGAACGAGCAGACCGUGUGCUUCGCGUUCCUUGAGAUGGGGUCCACGACGGUGGUGCCUGGAUCGCCGGCUGUCAUCCUUGGGGGCUUCCAGCUGGAGAACCACUUGCUGCUGUUCAAUCUGGAGAAGGGAACCUUGGGCUUCAGCGGGCUGCUCGCCGGAAUCCGCACUGGGUGCAGCAACUUCAACUUCACUAUGGGGACUUCUUAGAAGUGUCAGUCAGCACUAGGCAGAGAACCUGCACGCCUUCCUCUGUUUCCAGUAUUUUCAAGUCUACGCCGCCACCGUGUCCAAUGUCCAUUUGUAUUCAACGUCCCUUUUUAUUUGAGUACUUCCGGUGCAACAUUUUGUUGCAGUAGUGUGGUGUUACCAACGAAAAUAAACAAAUAGCAGCCAGCGCUUUUGCCGUGGGUUGCUUUAACGACGUUUACUAUAU